GCCUAGGGUUAUGGCGCUGUUCCCGGCCUUUGCGGGCGUUAGUGAGGCCGCCGGUAGUGGAGGCCCCAGGAAAGAAUUAGACUGGCUGAACAACCCGAGCUUUUGUGUGGGAACCUUGACAUCACUGAGCCAGCCGUCAGAAGAGCCCUCAACCCCUGUUCCUCAGCGCUCACCACGCAGAAGGAGUCCUUUGAAGUCUGAGUCUUCAGAUGAGAGUGACAGUGGCAGAAAGCUCCCACAAGGAAGCAGGAAGAAGAAGAAAGAGAAGAGGAGGAAAAGAAAGCACCAGCACCAUAGGAAGACGAAGAGGAAACAUGGGCAGUCAAGCAGCAGUGAGUCUGAGCACGACACGGAUUCUGGGAAGGAUCGGCCUUCCCAAAGCCUUACCGGCACUCAGAAGGGAUCCGAAAAACCCAGCCAAGGAAAUAGUGCAGUUGCUGGUGCAGGCACUCACUCCGUGUGGCUGGAGGACAUUGAGGCUCUGACAGGAGAAACCUUCCGUGUGGAUAAGAAGCCUGACCCUGCAAACUGGGAGUAUAAAAGUCUCUACCGAGGGGAUAUAGCAAGAUACAAGAGGAAAGGAGACUCCUGUCUAGGUCUUAACCCUAAGAAGCAGUGUAUAUCUUGGGAAGGGGCUUCUGCCUCAAAGAAGCACUCACACAAAGCCCCAGAACGCUACUUUACGAAGAAGAGUGUGGGAUUACUGAAUGUCGAUGGAAUUGCUGUGAGCUGCAACACAGAACCUCCCUCUUCUAAGCCAAUCUCAUUCAUCCCAGUGAAGGACUCAGAUGAUGUGGCUGCACCUGUUACAAGCUGGUUGAAUCCUUUGGGGAUUUAUGAUAAAUCAACCACACAGUGGUUACAUGGACAUGGUCUCCCCGAGCAAGAAGGGAAACAGCCAGACUCACAAGUCGACAGAGAGAAUGCUGUUCUCAAGGCCAAGGUAGAGGACUUUAACAGGAGAGUUCGGGAGAAUCCUCAUGAUACUGAGCUGUGGCUGGCGUUUGUGGCUUUUCAGGAUGAGGCCAUGAAGUGUCCUGGCCUGUGUGCACUGGAGGAGGGAGAGGAAAAGCGGAAGAAGUCACUGAAGCUCCUCCUGGAGAAGAAGCUGGCCAUCCUGGAGCGGGCCAUCGACUGCAACCAGAGCAGCGUUGACCUGAAGCUCGCCAGGCUGAAGCUCUGUGCGGAAUUCUGGGAGCCCUCCAUGCUGGUCAAAGAGUGGCAGAAACUGAUCUUCCUGCACCCCAAUAAUACAGCCCUGUGGCAGAAAUACCUUGUCUUUUGCCAGAGCCAGUUUAGUACCUUUUCAAUAUCCAAAAUUCACAGUCUGUAUGGCAAGUGCUUGAGUACUCUCUCUGCAGUUAAUGACGGCAGCAUCUUAUCUCACCCCGCGUUGCCUGGCACCGAGGACGCCAUGUUUGCCCUCUUUCUGCAGCAGUGCCACUUUCUGCGGCAGGCUGGCCACUCAGAGAAGGCCAUCUCUCUGUUCCAGGCCAUGGUUGACUUCACCUUCUUCAAACCUGACAGUGUGAGAGAUCUGCCAACUAAAGUACAGGUGGAGUUCUUUGAGCCCUUCUGGGACAGCGGGGAGCCCCGGGCCGGGGAGAAGGGCGCCCGGGGCUGGCGGGCCUGGAUGCACCAGCAGGAACGGGGUGGCUGGGUGGUCAUCAACCCAGAUGAGGAUGAUGAUGAGCCAGAAGAAGAUGACCAGGAAAUCAAAGAUAAGACUCUGCCCCGGUGGCAGAUCUGGCUUGCUGCUGAGCGUUCCCGGGACCAGAGGCACUGGCGUCCCUGGCGCCCUGAUAAGACCAAGAAGCAAAUGGAAGACGACUGUGAGGACCCCGAGAGACAGGUGCUGUUUGAUGAUAUUGGGCAGUCUCUGAUCAGACUCUCCAGCCAGGCUCUGCAGUUCCAGCUGAUCGAGGCUUUCCUGCAGUUCCUGGGCGUGCCUUCAGGCUUCAUCCCACCGGCCUCCUGCCUUUACCUGGCCAUGGAUGAGAGCAGCAUCUUCAGUAGUGGACUCUACGAUGAAAAGCCCUUGACAGCCUUUGAUUUUUCAUUUUUGGGCAUCAGCUGUGUUGGCCACAUGGACCAGUUGGGCUGUCUGCGGUGGACCCGCGGUCACAACCGAGAGGGCGAGGAGUUCAUCCGCAAUGUCUUCCACCUCGUGAUGCCCUUGUUCUCAGGGAAGCAGAAGUCUCAACUUUGCUUCUCCUGGCUGCGGUAUGAGAUGGCAAAGGUCAUUUGGUGUCUGCACACUAAAAACAAGAAGAGAUUAAAGUCACAGGGGAAGAACUGCAAAAAACUAGCCAAGAAUCUCCUCAAGGAGCCAGAAAACCGGAACAAUUUUUGCCUCUGGAAGCAGUAUGCACAUCUGGAAUGGUUGCUUGGCAACAUAGAGGAUGCCAGGAAGGUUUUUGAUACAGCACUCAGCAUGGCAGGCAGCAGUGAGCUGAAGGACCGUGAGCUGUGCGAGCUCAGUCUGCUCUAUGCCGAGCUGGAGGUGGAGCAGCUGCCAGGCUCCAGAGAAACGGCCACAGCCCGGGCUGUUCAUGUACUAACCCAAUUGACUGAGAGCAGCCCCUCUGGGCCAUAUGUUGGGCAGGUAGUGGCCACUCGGGUUUUGAAAGCUCGGAAGGCUUACGAGCAUGCACUGCAGGAUUGUCUAGGUGAGAGCCAUGUUUCUGAUGGAGCUCCUGCCGAUUCCUUGGACUGCCUGUGUAGUUUGGUCCGGUGCUUUAUGCUCUUCCAGUAUUUGACCAUAGGAAUCGAUGCAGCUGUGAGGCUAUAUGAACAGGUGUUUGCCAAACUGAAGGACUCCAUUUCUCCAGAGAGCCUUGGCCUGAAGGACCAGAGCCACCCCCAGAGUUUGAGCAGUGUUCUAGAAGCUGUCAGCCUGAUGCACACAAGUCUGCUGCAAUUCCACAUGAGAGUGAGUGUUUACCCGCUGACUCCACUUCGAGACGCCCUCUCGGAGGCUUUGAAGCUAUAUCCGGGCAACCAGCUGCUUUGGCGGUCUUAUGUACAGAUUCAGAGUAAGUCCCACAAUGCCAGCAAGACCAGGAGAUUCUUCGAUACAAUCACCAGGUCUGCCAGACACUUGGAGCCAUGGUUGUUUGCAAUUGAAGUGGAGAAGCUGAGGAAAAGCCUGGUGGAGACCGUUCGGAGGGUGGGCGGUAGAGAGAUCCACGCCACCAUCCCCGAGACGGGCCUCACACAUCGGAUCCGAGCCCUCUUUGAGAACGCUAUGCGGAGCCACAGUGGCAGCCAGUGCCCCUUGCUGUGGAGGAUGUACUUGAAGUUUUUGGUUUCCCUAGGAAACAAAGAAAGAAGCAAAGGUGUGUUCUACAAAGCACUUCAACAUUGCCCUUGGGCAAAGGUGCUGUACAUGGAUGCCAUGGAAUACUUCCCUGGUGAGCUGCAGGAGAUCCUGGAUCUGAUGACUGAGAAGGAGCUCCGAGUGCGCAUGCCCAUGGAGGAGCUGGAGCUCCUGCUGGAGGACUAGAACCUGGCUGCCAGCUGCGUGGUUCUAGAACAAGGGAUCGUGUGGGAUGGAGCACAGAACUACAAGUGUUUCUGUCAUUUGUGUCUGGAUGUAUAAAUGACACAAAGGCUAUUCUGCAUAUUAUAUAUGUGACAGUGUACAUGUGUUGAGUUGAAUCAUACCAAUGGCAAUGAAAUCUUUGUGGUUAAGGUG